AAAACCCAAAACACAAGUUUGCAACUUUUAUAACAUCUCUCUCUCUCUAGAAGCAGAAAAGUCAGCAGUUGAUUCUAGGACGGCGACUUGACUUGACACCUGAAAAAUCCUUACCGUGUUUGAUAGUUUUUCGAAAACCCUUCAAAUUGUUUCAUUUUUUUUAAGUCUUGAGACUUUAAAAAAUCCUCGCUUGCUCUUGUUUUAGGUCUCCUGACAAGGUAAAGAUCCUUGCUUUUGUCUCUUUUGUUCGAAUCUCAAGUCUUGUUCCAAAGUUUUCUUACUCUUCGAAUUCUUUCCUUGCUAGUAGCUGUUUUUUUUCCUUUUUAGUUUCUGCGUAAUCACGAUCACCGGAAAGACUAAUCCUUGUGAGCUUAUUGAAUUUUGUUAAUUCCUUGCUUUAAAUUGUUCAUGGGUUCUGUUGCAAUCUUUCUAAUGAUGUGUGCUUAGUAUUUAAGCUUUGAAAAGUCUUUGAAUUUUUGCUUGUUAUAGCUUUGGACUAAAGUAGAGUAUGGUGUCUUCAUAGGAAAAAUUUGGAAACUUGUGGGAGUUGAUUGAUAAGAGUUGUUAAGAUGGCAAAUGAUGCGGCUGCAUGUGCAGAAAGGGCUACAAAUGAUAUGCUGAUUGGUCCAGAUUGGGCUAUUAACAUUGAAUUGUGUGAUCUUAUCAACAUGGAUCCUAGUCAAGCAAAAGAAGCUGUGAAGGUGCUCAAGAAGCGGUUAGGAAGUAAAAACUCUAAAGUCCAGAUUCUUGCACUUUAUGCAUUGGAAACUUUAAGUAAGAAUUGUGGCGAAAACGUGUACCAGCUUAUCAUUGACCGUGGUCUAUUGAAUGACAUGGUCAAAAUAGUGAAGAAAAAGCCGGAACUGAAUGUGAGGGAAAAGAUACUAACUUUGUUAGACACAUGGCAAGAAGCCUUUGGUGGACGUGGAGGUCGAUACCCACAAUACUACAAUGCCUAUAACGAUCUCAGGUCUGCUGGAAUUGAGUUUCCGCCUCGAACGGAAAGCAGUCUAUCGUUCUUUACUCCACCGCAGACUCAGCCAGAUGAAGAUGCUGCUAUUCAGGCUUCGUUGCAAGGAGAUGAUGCUUCUAGCCUCAGCCUGGAAGAGAUUCAAAGCGCUGAGGGAUCAGUUGAUGUUUUGAUGGACAUGCUUGGAGCACAUGAUCCCGGGAAUCCCGAGAGUUUAAAAGAAGAAGUUAUAGUAGACUUGGUUGAGCAAUGUCGUACUUAUCAAAGACGUGUAAUGACUCUUGUGAACACUACAACAGAUGAGGAACUUCUGUGUCAGGGAUUGGCAUUAAACGAUAAUUUGCAGCAUGUUCUUCAGCGUCACGAUGAUAUCGCAAAUGUCGGCUCUGUUCCUUCAAAUGGAAGGAAUACUAGAGCUCCUCCUCCAGUUCAGAUUGUUGACAUCAAUCAUGAUGAUGAAGAUGACGAAUCAGAUGAUGAGUUUGCUCGGCUUGCUCACAGGUCUUCAACACCUACAAGGAGACCAGUACAUGGUAGUGAUUCGGGUAUGGUGGAUAUCCUUAGUGGGGACGUCUAUAAACCUCAAGGCAACUCCUCCUCACAGGGAGUAAAGAAGCCUCCUCCUCCUCCUCCGCAUACUUCUUCUUCCUCUUCUUCUCCUGUUUUCGAUGAUGCAAGUCCACAACAAAGCAAAUCCUCUGAGGUAAUUAGGAAUCUUCCACCUCCGCCUUCAAGGCACAACCAGAGGCAACAGUUCUUUGAGCAUCACCACUCGAGUAGCGGCUCAGAUUCCUCUUACGAGGGACAGACCCGGAACCUUUCUUUGACAAGUAGUGAACCGCAGAAAGAAGAGAAACCAGAGGAUUUGCUUUUCAAAGACCUGGUUGAGUUCGCCAAAACCAGGUCCUCCAAAGCCAACAAUAAUAAUAGGUCGCUCUGAGUCUUUUGUUUGUGGCUUUUUACCAUUCAAGUUUUUUUUUUCUUUUGGGUUUUCAGAGAGUGAUGAUGAUAUUAGAGUGUGCCUUAUUAUUUAGAGAUAGUAUCUGAUAAUACCAACAACCAUAUGUUUUACUUCUCUAACUUCACUCCAAGGACACAGCUUUAAAAUACUUUUAACACACAAAAUCGUAAUAUCAGAUAUCUUUUGCAUAUUAUAAACUAAUAACACCCCCUUAGUUAAGUUCCACACGGAUCAUUAUUUUUUGGGUAAAUUCUCGGGACUUUAUUAAUUUACCUUUUGCUAGGAGAAACAGAGCUUUUAAAACCCAAAAUAGCUAACAACAUAUAUUUUUACUGCCCCACAUAAAAUAGGAAAUUACCAUCCUCCCUUGUUUAUAUGAAUCGAUUCCCACAUUCCACAUUUCCA